AUGAAACAUGAUAAUCUUAAUUAAAAUUUAAAACAUGACACAUAUUGCAUUACAGGAUAGUUUUAUUGGCACCAGACAAUGAAAUUGAAAUGUUUCGAAAUACAAAUUGGAAGUCUUCAAAAAAAAAGAAAAAAGUAACAUGCUUGUUCAAUGCAGUUCAAUAGAAUUUCAGUUUUUCUUGAGAAAAUUCAACUUCUUAACAUGUUUAGGUUUCAGAUGGUACAGAUGUACAGGGAACACACAUACACCUUUUUGUUUUUUUAAAUUUUGUAAACAAAAAAUAAACCUAUGGUGUACGUGAUGAUAUAAAUAUCGAAGACAGUCUGCCUGUUAAUAGACACAUCAAAUGCUGGGAAAUGCAGCAACUUGACAUCAAAAUUACUUUUUCAUUGCUCUACUGUAUAUGUUCGUAAAUUUGUAAAUAUCUGCUUCAACCUUUUCACCAAAAAGUAUUAAAACAUGAAUGUAUCAUAUUGUAUCAUGAUACACCUGUCCUGAAUCGAUGUACCUUAUUGUGGCUGUUAUCGCCAUUCGAUAUUGUAGCACUAUAUUGUUACAGCUGUUAAACACGCACGUACAUCAGGGAACAUUUUGUUUUCAAAAUGUUUAUUAGCAAUAUUUCUAAAUUUGAAAAUUGUGUAGCGAUCUUUGAAACUAUUACAGUGAAUCACAAUGCGAUACUGAACAGAAUAUUGCCUGCACACACACACACACACACACACACACACACACACACACACAGACACACACACACACACACGUGUGCACUUGCAAUAAUGAAAUCAGCCAGAUAAUCAUAUCACUAACAUUUUCCAGCGACAAUGAGCAGUUUGUUUACUGUGAUACCCCUACCUUUCAGACUGUUUUGUAUGCAGCUGAUGUGAGUGGAUAAUACAAACUGGUGAAAAUAACCAUUUUUAUCAUGUUUGGGGGACUGGAAGCAUGCAUUGUUUCUUUUAUUACUCUGUAUUCCAGUAUUGUCCCCAUCCCAUACUUGCUAUGAUAAUACAUGUAAUAAUUUUGUAUUAAAGUGACAUCACAACACAGGUAUGAUAUGUCUUUCAAUACUUUUAUACAAGUACAUACAAAUGAAUUGCAAGAAAUUAUGUAUUAAGUUUUGAUAUCUAAACAUUACAGUGAAAGCCAUUCUCAAACACGCACAAGCUAUGAGAUUAGGAAGAAAUUCCAGAAUCUGAAAGAAAGAGGUACUGAUAUAUUCCUUUUAUCUAAACUUUCAAAUGUUUUAAUAAGUUAUAUGUAGUACAAAACCCAAAAUUGCAUACCUACAUAUAUUAUUGAAAUUUUUAAUGUGUUAUAAAUUAUAGUUAUGAAUGUAAAGUAAUUGUUUUUAACAUUUAAGCACAUUUCAAAGUAUGCCUGUUAUUGUUCGUUCAUUUGGUGCAGAAUAAUGAAGACGAUGAACAAUGCAUUUUUUUGUUUGCAAUAUUUUUAUAAUACAUUAUAGCCAAGGAAAAAAAUGACUUAAUAAAAAGACCGAAGACUGGUGGUGGGUCCCCAUUGCCACCACUGACACAAAUAAAUUGUCUGUUUUUGGACCUUUUUGGGGAGAAGGAGGCAAUAUCUGGAGUCAAUGAAGGGAUUGACAGCACUGGUAAGUGAAAUGAAUGAAAUCACUGAAGAAGUAUGUACAAAGAACCCAUAUCAUUACCACGGUUCUGCCUAACAAGACAGUACUUUUCGUUUCCUUUCAAAAUAGUAGACAACAAUAUCAGUAGCAACAGUGGUGGUCAGAACUUUAUAAAACCUGCGAGGUAAGACCACUGUGGGCACUGGACAUAACCUUACAUUACAUGUGUUUGUAUCACGUUGUGGAUAUUAACAUACAUAAUGAAAUAAAAUGUCUUUAUUCAAUUUCAUGUCAAUUAUACACAUUUAUAUUCGGAAUAUAAAAUGUAUAUUAAAAAUAUCCCUACUUAAACCUGUUUGGGGAAGAUAUACUUUCACUUCAUGUUUUCACAUCAAAGAAAAACAAUUCAUACAUGUUAUAAUAAUUGUCAUUUUGAAACCAAUACUGUAGUCAUUUACCAUAAUUAUGUACUGUGCAUUUGUGUUUGCAGAAGUUGUCAUCGAGCAAGAAGACUCGUGUCUGUGUCUUGAAGUGGAACAUGAUUUGGAUGUCACUGGAAAUGAAGUGCAGCCUAUACAUGUAGAGGAUGAUGAAGCUGAUGUACAAAAGACUGUACCUAAGAAGAAAUUUAAAAAUUCAAAUAUGAAAACAGGUAGUAAAGAGCUGCUACUACUGGAUAUGGAUGUCUGCAAUUUAGAAAAAGAAAAGCUAAUUGCAGAAACACUGAAAAUAAAAGCAGAAACACAGAAAGUAAAUGAAGAAUUAAAACUAAUUCUGUUGAAACAACAAUAAUAUAAAAUGAAAAUUGACAGGGAACAGAGGCGAGACGCUGGCGAUAUUUUUUCAUUACAAGAUAUGGCCACUGGUAAUGAAUUGUAAACUUGCAUGCAUUCAUGAUGAUACAUUUGUUGGUUUGAACAACUUUUCAUUUUAAUAAAA